AUGCGACGCGUCCUUUCUUGUGGUGAUAUUUCCUUCGAUUUAAUGAGAGCGCUAGUUGACGCGUGCGGCGAUGUAAUUUUGGCGCGCACGGAGAGAAAAACAAUCUCCUGUUCUUGUCUUUCCAUUCGAACACGCUUUGGACUUGGCUCUAGGUCCGCGUUUCCUGCAGGGUCUGAGCCGUCUUCAUCUAUAAUAAUAUUAUGGCUGUUUGCUGUCGUGGUCUUUAAGAUCAGCGAUAUUUAAUACCUUUUCUACGUCGCUAGAGAACAAUCGGAAGGUUGCGCUUCCUAGUCGUGCUUUCUACCAGAUUUCGGAUGGCCAAAGAACAAGUGAUUGUACGCGUUAAUUCUUGUUAUAGUCAAACCAAUGCGAAUAUACUGGAAAGUAAAUUUCGCACAUUGAUCUGAGCACACAGCGGUUUUUGUUCGAAAUUGGCGCGUGUUUGCAUUUAUAAAUCCCAACUACGGCGUUGACAAAUGUGUUAAGUCAUUACGAAUUAUUAAAUUAUUACUAAAUCGGAUGUAGCUUAUCAAUAUUUAAACCAAGAAUAAAACGGACUAUUAAAUUACACUAGUAUGAUAUAAUUGGGUGAGUUAAUUUAAUUUGUAUAUGUCAACCCUCAAACGCCUGCCUUACAAACGCCAUGGGGAACGAACACAUUUUGCGGGUCCUCAUGAAUCUGUGACCGUUACUUCUUUAAACUAAAUUGCUUUAAACUGAUUGGUUGAUUUAAUCAUCACAAUGUUUUUCCACCAAUCAGAUCAGGUUGUUACAGAUUUUUGCACCGUGAUUACAGAUAAUUGCACUGUGAUUACAGAAAAUUGCACUGUGAUUCAGUGGCGCCGUGGCCGGGAGGGGGGGGGGGCAGGGGGGAAGGGGCAUGCCCCUCCCCCCCUAUUGUGGAUACCCGUCGGAAAAUUGUGAAUGUUGUCGGAAAUUUUUGGAAAAUUGACAACGUUGUCGGAAAUUGUCAGUUUCCGACGUUGGUAAAUUCCGAAAUUUUUUGAUAAAUGGAGAAAAUGGGUGAUGUCCGGAAAAAUUUUAAGAUGCAACGAAAAAAUUUGUUAUGUCCGGAAAAUUCUUUGACCCCUAAAUUGGUACACUGACCGAAAUUUUUUUGGCGGAAAAUAUUUUCAGGUUUGUCGGAAAAGUACAGCCCUUGGCCCCCCCAAAAAACAUGCGUCCCACGGCGCCACUGCUGUUAUUACAGAAAAUUGCACUGUUGUUUUGUGUUAACUGCACUGAAAUCAACCAAUCACAGUCGAGUAAUAUCUUUAUGUAUAUUAUUAAAGGUAUAUAAGCGUUGUCAUCAGUGCGGUUAAAUAAAAAAAUCUGUACAUCCCAACGCUCGUUUUGUUUUUAAUAGCACUGGCUUGCACCUUGCUGACGGAAAACUUCAUCACGUGUGUGUCACAUGGGAGUCAUCAAACGGCCACUUUAAAGUGUACAAAGACGGUGCUUUGGUUAAAACACUGGAUAACGUCAAGACUGGAGAAAAAUUUAAUGCAGGUGGAAUAUGGGUGAUUGGUCAAGAUCAGGAUUCUUUGGGAGGUGGUUUCCAAACCGCAGAUUCUUACAAGGGUAUCUUGACCGAAGUCAAUAUUUGGAAUAAAAUUCUUGGUUCCGAUGAGAUCAAACGUUUUGCAAACGACUAUGGUUUGGCGGUGGAAGGAAACUACAAGGCUUACAGCGAUUUUGAUAUAUCCAGUGCUACUGAAUUGAUUAAACCGUCAUGCUGUCCCUUGGCUCCACUUCCUGAAGCAUGA